AUGGCUAAUUCUUCUGUGCUCCUGCCUGAGCGUCUCCUUCCAGCAAUACCUGCUAUGCCGUCUUACCUUGCAAGUCGCCUUGUCUGGCUUCUGCUUGUGAGCAGCAGUUUCGCGUGGGUGUAUUCAAAAACCCGCCAAAAGUCAGCUAACUUCCCUGUCAUCAACCCACCAAAAGGAUGGCUGUCUUUAUUUACCCAGGACAACAUCAAGUACUACCUUGAUAAUGGAUGGGAGGUACAGAGAAGAGGGGCCGCAGAGUAUGGUGGCCAACCCUACAAUGUUAUCACUACAGACGGGGUCGUCACUGUUCUUCCACCCAGCCUCGCGCAGGAGAUCCGCAAUGAGCCAAACCUGAGCUUCUUGGCAGUAGCGGCAACAAACCUGCAGUCACAUCUGAAAGGGUUCGAUGUUUAUGCUGUGGACACUAUUCAGGGGGAAUUGAUGCUGAAGGUGACGAGGAAUAAGCUGCCGAAAUUCCUGGCUCAAAUGUGCAAGCCCAUAGCCGAAGAGGCGAGUAUAGCAGUGAAACUAAGUCUUGGGCAGUCAUCAGCCCGCAUGUCCUCGCGCGUCUUCCUCGGCCCCGAGCUCUGUCGCGACAAAGCAUGGCUCAAUGUAACCAAGUCCUUCGCGCUGGACAGCUUCCAAGCAUCCGACAAACUCCGUCGCUAUCCAACCUGGUUUCGCAGCUUUGCUGCUACAUGGCUUGUUCCGCAGGCCAAACUUGUUCGUCAACAGGCUAUAGAUGCCGAGAAGCUAGUAAGGGCUGUGAUUGAGAAGCGACGGCAACAACGCGAACAAAACGGGGGGACGGAAAAGGGCGAGGAGAACUCGGUGGACUGGUUUGAAGACGAGGCUGGUGGAAGAGUGUAUGAUGCCGGCAAGACGCAGCUUCUGCUGUCUGCCGUGGCGAUCCAAACUACAACGGACCUGCUCACUGAGGUUAUGUUACGGUUGGCUCAGAGACCAGACUUUGUGCAGGAACUGAGAGAUGAGGUGGCCAGUGUCUUGCAGGCCGCUGGUGCGUGGAGUAAGCCUGCUUUAUUCAACAUGAAGCUGCUGGACAGCGCCAUCAAGGAGGCGCAGAGGAUGCGGCCUGUGUUGUUUGGCGCUAUGCCGCGCAUUGCCCUUGCGGAUGUCGUCAUUCCCUGCACUGGCGUCACGAUCCCCAAGGGCAGUCGCCUUGCCGUGUCAUCGCUCCUACAUCACGACCCAUCUGUCUACGAGAAUCCCCUUGAGUAUGACAUCCACCGAUUCGCUGACCUGCGAGAUGAUGACAGCAACAGCCAUAGCCAUCUCGUCUCCACGGGGCCUGCAAGUCUCGGAUUUGGCCACGGCAACCAUGCCUGUCCGGGCAGAUUCUUUGCAGCUAACGAGCUGAAGAUUGCAUUGUCUUUUUUGCUGGUGAAUUAUGACUGGAAAAUAGACACGGAGAACGUUGAUAUAAGCCCCGAGAAUAUUGGUUUCACUGCGAAUGUGAAUCAGACUGCCAGGGUGAGAUUUCGACGAAGGGCGCCAGAGGCGAUCGAGAUUGACUUGGAUAACAUUAGAUAG